AUGGCUGCACCCCUUAUGGCACCACCAGGACCUGACAGCUUCAAGUAUUUUACCGCGGAAUCAUUGGCUAACAUCGAGCUCCGGAUCAACGAGGAGAAGAACAAACCGCCGCCCAAGCAGGACAGCAGUCACCGUGACGACGACGAUGACAAUAAACCCAAGCCCAACAGCGACCUGGAGGCUGGGCGGAAUCUGCCCUUCAUCUAUGGCGACAUCCCUAGUGGAAUGGUGGCGACACCACUGGAGGAUUUGGACCCCUUUUACCAGGCUCAGAAAACAUUCAUAGUGCUAAACAGAGGGAAGACUAUCUUCCGCUUUAGUGCCAACCCUGCCUUGUACAUCAUAAGUCCUUUUAAUCUUUUCAGGCGAAUAGCUAUAAAAAUUUUGAUACAUUCUCUUUUCAGCAUGAUCAUUAUGUGUACUAUUUUGACCAACUGUAUAUUCAUGACUUUUAGUGAUCCUCCUGAGUGGUCCAAACAAGUAGAGUACACAUUCACAGGGAUUUAUACGUUUGAAUCUCUUGUAAAAAUUGUCGCUCGAGGAUUCUGUAUAGAUGGGUUUACAUUCCUAAGGGAUCCAUGGAACUGGCUGGAUUUCAUGGUCAUUUCUAUGGCGUAUAUAACAGAGUUUGUAAACCUAGGCAAUGUCUCAGCUCUGCGCACGUUCAGAGUGUUGAGGGCAUUGAAAACUAUUUCUGUAAUUCCAGGCCUGAAGACCAUUGUCGGUGCUCUAAUCCAAUCUGUGAAGAAAUUGUCAGACGUUAUGAUCCUCACGGUCUUCUGUCUCAGUGUCUUCGCUCUGAUUGGACUACAGCUCUUCAUGGGCAACCUACGGCAAAAAUGCGUGAUUUGGCCAAUCAACUCCACCGAGAACUACUUGGCCAACGGCAGCAAAGGCUUCGACUGGAAUGAAUACAUCAAUAACGACACCAAUUUCUACUUCCUGCCUGGACAAUUGGAUGCCCUUUUAUGUGGCAACAGCUCAGAUUCUGGCCGCUGCCCCGAGGGCUACACAUGCAUGAAAGCUGGGAGGAAUCCAAACUACGGUUACACCAGCUUCGAUAGCUUUGGAUGGGCUUUCCUGGCUCUCUUCAGACUCAUGACACAGGACUUCUGGGAGAACCUCUACAUGCUGACCCUGCGGGCAGCAGGGAAGACCUACAUGAUCUUCUUUGUGCUGGUGAUCUUCGUGGGGUCCUUCUACCUGGUCAAUCUGAUCCUGGCUGUGGUGGCCAUGGCCUAUGAGGAGCAGAACCAGGCCACCAUGGAGGAGGCCGAGCAAAAAGAGGCUGAGUUCAAAGCCAUGCUGGAGCAGAUCAAGAACCAGCAAGAGGCUGCACAGGCCAACGCCAUGGCGACGUCGGCAGGCACGGUGUCGGAGGACGUAGCGGAGGACGACGGUGGGGGGAACCUGUCCUGUAGCUCGUCAGAGAUGUCCAAGCUCAGUUCCAAGAGCGCCAAGGAGCGGCGCAACCGCAAGAAGAAGUGGCGCCAGAAAGAGCAGUCACAGAGGGAGGAGAAGGGGGACUGCGAGAAGUUCGUCAAAUCCGAGUCAGACGACGGCAGCAAGAGGAGCCGCUUCCGUUUCCCUGACAACCGGUUGGGUCGAAAGUCUUCCAUCAUGAACCAGUCCCUCCUCAGUAUCCCAGGCUCGCCGUUCCUGUCGAGGCACAACAGCAAGAGCAGCAUCUUCAGCUUCAAGGGCCGCGGCAAGGACGUGGGCUCGGAGAAUGAGUUCGCCGAUGACGAGCAUAGCACUGUGGAGGAGUGCGAGGAGAGGCGGGACUCCCUGUUCAGCCCGUACCGGCGGAGCAGCUACACGGGCUACCACCACGGCGGCGGGAAGAGGAACUCAACGGUGGACUGCAACGGCGUGGUGUCGCUGAUCAGUCCGGGGACCGGCGGACGCCUUCUGCCUGAGCCCACUACUGAGGUUGAGGUGAAGAAGAAGCUGUCUGGUUCCCUGAUGGUGUCUGUGGACCAGCUCAAUACCUCCUUCGGAAGGAAAGAGCGGGCCAACAGUGUCAUGAGCGUCAUCACCAACACACUAGUGGAGGAACUGGAGGAGUCUCAGCGUAGUUGUCCACCUUGCUGGUAUAAGUUCUCCAACAUCUUCCUCAUCUGGGAGUGUUGUCCCAUCUGGCUGAAGAUCAAGGAGAUUGUCAACCUGAUCGUCAUGGACCCUUUCGUGGACCUGGCCAUCACCAUCUGUAUCGUCCUCAACACCCUCUUCAUGGCCAUGGAGCACUACCCCAUGACCCCGCACUUUGAGGAGGUGCUGUCUGUGGGAAACCUGGUGUUCACAGGGAUCUUUGCUGUGGAGAUGUUUGCCAAGCUGGUUGCCAUGGAUCCCUACUACUACUUCCAGGAAGGGUGGAACUGCUUUGACGGCUUCAUUGUGACCCUAUCGUUAGUGGAGCUGGCAUUGGCUGACGUGGAGGGUCUGUCCGUGCUCAGAUCAUUCCGAUUGCUAAGAGUGUUUAAACUGGCCAAGUCGUGGCCCACACUCAACAUGCUGAUCAAGAUCAUCGGUAACUCUGUUGGCGCCCUGGGAAACCUGACCCUCGUCUUAGCGCUCAUCGUCUUCAUCUUUGCCGUGGUCGGCAUGCAGCUGUUCGGCAAGAACUACAAGGACUGUGUGUGUAAGAUCGCCCUGGACUGUAAGCUGCCCCGCUGGCACAUGCACGACUUCUUCCACUCGUUCCUGAUGGUGUUCCGGGUGCUGUGUGGGGAGUGGAUCGAGACCAUGUGGGACUGUAUGGAGGUGGCCGGACAGGGCAUGUGUCUCAUCGUCUUCAUGAUGGUCAUGGUUAUCGGGAACUUGGUGGUGUUGAACCUUUUCCUUGCCUUGCUGCUGUCCUCGUUCAGCGCAGACAACUUAGCCGCAACAGAUGACGACGGAGAGAUGAACAACCUUCAGAUCUCCGUCAUCCGCAUCAAGAAGGGCGUCGCCUGGUUCAAGAUCAAGCUGGCAGAGUUGGUGCUCAGCUUGACCAAGAAGCCGCCGGUGGAGGAUGAACAGAAACCUUUAGACGACAUGUACAACAAGAAGCUGAACUGUAUCGCCAACCACAGUGGUGUGGAUAUCAACCGCGACCUGGACUACACCAAGAAUGGUAACGGCACCACUAGUGGUAUAGGGAGCAGCGUCGGGAAGUACAUGAUCGACGAGGACCACAUGUCCUUCAUCCAUAAUCCGAACCUGACCGUGUGCGUUCCCAUCGCGGUCGGAGAGUCCGACUUCGAGAACCUCAACACCGAGGACUUCAGUAGCGAGUCGGAGAACGAGAACAGCAAAGAGCUGGACGACACCAGCUCAUCGGAGGGCAGCACCAUAGACAUCAAGCCUGAUGUGGAGGUGGAGGCGGUGGUGGUGGAGGCUGUGGAAGAGUACCUAGACCCAGAAAACUGUUGGACACCUGAGUGUAUUAUCAAGUAUCCUUGCUGCGACGUGCCUAUCACUCACGGGUGGGGAAAAUAUUGGUGGUUCCUGAGAAAGACAUGCUAUCUAAUUGUGGAGCAUAACUGGUUCGAAACCGUCAUUAUCUUUAUGAUCCUACUCAGUAGUGGGGCCCUGGCUUUUGAGGAUGUGUACAUCCAGCAGAGGAAGACCAUCAGGACCAUCUUGGAAUACGCCGACAGUGUGUUCACAUACAUCUUUAUCCUAGAGAUGUUGCUCAAGUGGGUCGCCUACGGAUUCCACAAGUACUUCACCAACGCCUGGUGCUGGCUCGACUUCUUUAUUGUCGAUGUGUCUAUAAUCAGUCUGGUAGCUAAUGCACUGGGCUACUCGGAUCUAGGUCCUAUUAAAUCACUAAGGACACUAAGGGCCUUGAGACCCCUCAGAGCCUUGUCACGUUUUGAAGGGAUGAGGGUGGUAGUCAACGCCCUGGUGGGAGCCAUCCCCUCCAUUAUGAAUGUGUUGCUGGUUUGCCUCAUCUUUUGGCUGAUUUUCAGUAUCAUGGGAGUCAACUUGUUCGCGGGCAAGUACUACUACUGUUUCAACCAGACCUCAGAGGAUAACUUUCUUGCCACCGAGGUCAACAACAAGACACAGUGCCUGGCCCUUAUUAAUCAGAACUUCACUGAGGUCAGGUGGAAGAAUGUCAAGAUCAACUUUGACAAUGUUGGCGCUGGAUACCUGGCUCUGCUUCAAGUGGCGACAUUCAAAGGCUGGAUGGACAUCAUGUACGCAGCCAUAGACUCCAGAAGGGUGGAGGACCAGCCCAUCUAUGAAGACAACCUCUACAUGUACAUCUACUUCGUCAUCUUCAUCAUCUUCGGAUCCUUCUUCACCCUCAACCUCUUCAUCGGUGUCAUCAUUGACAACUUCAACCAACAGAAGAAAAAGUUUGGAGGUCAGGACAUCUUCAUGACAGAGGAACAGAAGAAGUACUACAACGCCAUGAAGAAAUUGGGUUCAAAGAAGCCCCAGAAACCCAUUCCCAGACCACAGAACUAUAUCCAAGGGUUGGUGUUUGACUUUGUGACCCAGCAAGUCUUCGACAUCUCCAUUAUGAUGUUGAUCUGCCUCAACAUGGUCACCAUGAUGGUGGAGACAGACGACCAGUCGGAUGAGACGGAGAACAUCCUCUAUUGGGUCAACUUCAUCUUCAUCGUGGCUUUCACCAUCGAGUUCGUCCUGAAACUCUUCGCCCUGCGCCACUACUACUUCACCAAUGGCUGGAACGUGUUCGACACGGUCGUGGUCAUCCUGUCCAUCGCGGGCAUGUUCCUGGCUGACAUCAUUGAGAAGUACUUCGUUUCGCCAACCCUUUUCAGGGUUAUCCGAUUGGCUCGAAUCGGCCGCAUCCUGCGUCUGAUCAAAGGAGCCAAGGGCAUACGGACUUUACUCUUCGCCUUGAUGAUGUCACUUCCAGCCCUGUUCAACAUCGGCCUCCUGCUCUUCCUGGUCAUGUUCAUUUUCAGCAUCUUCGGAAUGUCCAACUUCGGCUACGUCAAACACGGAGCCGGGAUAGACGACAUGUAUAACUUUGAGACCUUCGGGAACAGCAUGAUCUGCUUAUUCAUGAUCACCACGUCUGCAGGCUGGGAUGGUCUCUUGCUCCCCAUCCUCAACUACCCUCCUGACUGUGACCCAACCAUGGAGAACCCAGGUGCACCGUCUACAGGCAACUGCGGCAACCCCUCAGUUGGCAUAUUUUUCUUUGUCAUGUAUAUCAUUAUUUCCUUCCUUGUCGUAGUCAAUAUGUACAUCGCCAUCAUCUUAGAGAAUUUCAGUGUAGCGACAGAAGAGAGCGCCGACCCGCUCAGUGAAGACGACUUCGAGACCUUCUAUGAAAUCUGGGAGAAAUUCGACCCCUCUGCUUCCCAGUUCAUCACCUUCCAAAAACUGGGUGACUUUGCCGACACCCUGGAGCACCCUUUCCGCGUUCCCAAACCCAACACCAUCGAGCUGAUCGCCAUGGACAUGCCCAUGGUCAGCGGCGACCGCAUCCACUGCCUGGACAUCCUGUUUGCCUUCACCAAGCGUGUGCUGGGCGACAGUGGGGAGCUGGACAUGCUACGCACGCAGAUGGAGGAGCGCUUUGUGGCGGCUAACCCCUCCAAGGUCUCAUACGAGCCCAUCACUUCUACACUGCGCCGGCGCCAGGAGGACGUAUCCGCACGGUGCAUCCAGAAAGCCUACCGCGCUCACUUGCUUAAACGGGGCUUCAUCUGCAAGCGCAGGCCCAAGACCAAGCUGGAGAAUGGUGGGACCAACAACGAGGAGAAGAAAGAGAGUACACCCUCCACCGCCUCUCUUCCCUCCUACGACAGCGUGACCAAACCUGACAAGGAGAAACAGGAGGAGAACGAGGGAGAGAGGAAAGAGAAGGACAGAAACCAAAAAGAUGAGCGGGAAUCGAAGUGUUAG